AGAUGACAUUCUUCAGGCUGUGCAUUUUCCUCAAUUUGGCACUUGCAGUUUAUUGUAUUCCAGUAUCACAGAUUCCUUCAGAAGAUGAGAGUCUGGCAGAGGGUUACUUGAAGAAGUUCUUCAAUCUUACGGAGGAGAGUGGCCCUCCGUCCAGACGGGGGAUCAAUCCGCUGAGUAGGCGUCUGAGUGAGAUGCAAAGAUUCUUUGGUUUACAAAUCACAGGCACGCUGGAUGCGGACACCUUGGAGAUGAUGAAGAAGCCUCGCUGUGGCGUUCCUGACAAUCAUUUUGCCAGAUUCUCCAUCUUUGGAAACAACCUCAAGUGGCAGAAAAAUAGUCUGACAUACAGGAUAGAGAACUACACACCAGACAUGUCCCAGUCAGAGGUGGAUGAUUCCAUAGUAAAAGCUCUGGAUGUUUGGGCCAAAGUGACUCCUCUUAGAUUCACUCGACUCUACAGCGGCACAGCAGACAUCAUGAUCUCCUUUGGUCGACGAUCACAUGGCGAUUAUUACCCCUUUGACGGCCGUGAUGGAACCCUGGCCCACGCUUUCGCUCCAGCGCCUGGCAUUGGAGGAGACGCCCACUUUGAUGAUGAUGAGACCUUCACCUUCCGCUCAAAUUCUGGAUAUGUUCUCUUCAUGGUAGCAGCCCAUGAGUUUGGUCACUCCCUCGGCUUGUCUCAUUCUGAUGACCCCGGUGCCCUCAUGUACCCAAUGUACUCGUACAGAAACCCAGACACUUUUCUUCUGCCCCAAGAUGAUGUCAAAGGCAUCCAAUCUCUUUAUGGUCCAAAUACGGAUCCUCAAAAGCCUGGACCUCCACCCCCCACCACCCCUGAUGCUUGCGACUCAACCAUGGUUUUAGAUGCUGUAGCCACCCUGCGUGGAGAGAUGCUCUUCUUCAAAGACAGUUUCUUCUGGCGAAGCUACCCUCAGAGCAGAUCGCCUCAGCAAAGUCUCAUCACAAGUUUUUGGCCCAAUGCUCCUGCCAACAUCGACGCUGCUUACGAGAGUCAGAAGUCAGACAGAAUCUACAUCUUCAAAGACCGUCAAGUGUGGGCUUUCUCUGGCUACGAUCUGGUCCGAGGGUAUCCCAAAACACUCAGCAGCUUUGGUCUGCCCAGAAGUGUGAGGAAAAUCGAUGCAGCUUUAUAUGAUGUGCAAUCAAGAAAAACUCUGUUUUUCGUCGGCAGUAAUUACUACAGUUUUGAUGAGGCUGCGAAUAGCGUGGACUAUGGGUUCCCCAAACUUAUUCAUCAGACCUUUUCUGGCCUGAAUAAAGUGACGGCAGCUUUCCAGUAUCGAGGUUUCACGUACAUCUACAGCGGGCCUUACAUGUUUGAGUACGAUUUGAGGACCGGGAGAUUGUUCCGCGUGCUGAGGAACAGCUACUUCCUGCACUGCAUCCGCUGGCCUAACACCAUCGACAACCAAGAACUGUGGCAACGCACCGACCAAAAACCAGCAGAGGAAGAGAUCCUCAAACGGCGUUGGCGAUGGAUAGGCCAUAAUGUCCAUUCCAAGAAAAUGGGCCACACUUGGCAACAGCUAGAGAUGUUGGCUCAGGACCGAGAUGCUUGGAGAACUCUUGUAGACGGCCUGAGCCCCAGAAGGGACAUAUUCUCUAUCUGCAGGACAAUAACUAUGGAAGCUCCAUGGACUGUCAAGGCUGUCAUCAUGAUGGUGACGAUAGCAGUGGGUACAGCUGUGCCUGCCAUCCUCGACAGCCAGGAAGAUGUCGCUAAAGCCCAGGAUUACCUUUCUCAGUAUUUCUCUGAAGUGGGCGUCAGCGAUGGUACCGGGACGUGGCGUAGUGGACUCGAUUCCUUCACAGACACUCUGAAAAUAAUGCAAGAGUUUUUUGGCCUGGAGGUGACAGGACAGCUGGACUCAAACACCAUGAAAGUGAUGUCUCGCCCUCGAUGUGGUUUCACAGACUUGGACAAAUACAAAUACGCCCACUUUGACGGUCAGCCCAAGUGGGAGAAAAACGUGAUCACCUACAGGAUUACGGACUACACGUCGGAUUUGAGUGAAAGUUACGUGGAUGCUGCCCUUGCCAAAGCCCUGCAGGUCUACAGUUCUGUAACACCUUUGGAUUUCAAGCAGAUUACUAGCGGCACGGCCGACAUCAUGAUCAAGUUCAAGGCUGACAAUCAUGGAGACUUUGCUCCCUUUGAUGGUGAGGGUGGUGUCCUGGCGCACGCCUUUUCCCCUGGGGAGGGCAGAGGAGGCGACACCCAUUUUGAUGACGAUGAACUCUGGACUCUAACCUCAUCAGGAUCUAACCUUUUCUUGGUGGCAGCCCAUGAGUUUGGCCAUGCGCUUGGAUUGUCACACUCCAAGCUUCCAACAUCUCUCAUGUACCCCACCUACCAGUACACCGACACAGAUGGCUUUGUGCUACCAGACGAUGACACGCAGGGAGUGCAGGCACUCUACGGAGUCAGAUCGUCAUCGCAACCAACAGUUAAUCCUGAACUGCAACCUGGAUCAGAGCCUGAACCUUCUCCAAAACCUGUUCCGGACAGGUGCAGCAAUUAUUUGGUUUUUGAUGCUGCAACCUCCAUAAACAAUUAUCUUUAUUUCUUCAAAGAUGGCUAUUUUUGGAAGAGGAGCAGCAACUGGGAUGGCGUCACCACAAGGAAAAUAAGUUCUAUCUGGCCUGGAAUUAACAAAGUGGACGCUGCGUACGAGUACAAGAGACGCAACAUUGUUGUACUAUUUGAAGGGAACCGCUACUGGCAGGUCCGAAGAAACAGCGUUUUACCGGGUUUCCCUAAACCUAUCAGCGACUUGGGCUUUCCUUCAUCAGUCACCAAGGUCGAUGCUGCCGUCCAUGUAACAUUUUUGGGAAGAACCCUUUUCUUUGUGAACAACAAGUACUGGAGUUACAGUGAACGGAGAGGACGAAUGGAUCGUAGGAACCCAAAACUUAUUCGCACAGAGAUUCCUGGGAUUGGCUACAGAGUUGAUGCUGUCUUUGAAAACAGAGGGUACUUGUACUUUUCCUAUGGACCCAGGCAGACACAGUACUCUUAUAUGAAAAGGAGAGCAGUUCGUAUUCUGAAAAACAACGACUGGAUGGAUUGCGAUUGAACUUCUUCACGCAUUAGUGUGCCUUUGAUUUACAGCAGUGCCGGUGUUCUGACGAAUCAGGCUGCUUCGUCAAAAAGAGCUUCCCAACGCUACUGAGCAUGUGCAGGCAUGCGCACGCAUGUGCAUCAAAGCUAAAGUUUUCCUUGAAAAAUAUUCCAUCCAUUCAUUUUUCUACCGCUUGUCCCUCUCAAAACUAGUUUAUGUAGACUUUGUGCAGACUUACCUUGUGUAGACUGUGUCACUCGCGCUACAAGCAAGUGAUUCUUUGAAAUUAUAUUUCUUUCAUUGUGUUUUCUGACCAGCAUGUAGAAACUUACAGAAUGAGGAAAAGUACAUUGAGGCAAAUAAUAGUAACCUACAUUUUUACUUUUCAUCACCGUUAUUUAAACAGGAAUAGCUACUGAUAGCUGUUUUUGCCAAAGCAGCUCGAUUCAAAAGAACACCGGCUCUAAGCUUUUUGUGGCCCUAAACAACAUAUUCUCUGUGGCCCCAUUUUGUUCUUUGAUAUUACUCACAUUUGAUUGUAUAAGUCCCACCCUGCAAGGCUCCAAAUGUCACUACUUAUUUAAAUGGUCACAACCAGGGACGUAAUUUGGUGGGCAGAAUGGGACAGGUCAUCUGACUUUUUCAAAAGGCAGUUUCGGUUCCCUUCCUACUAUAGGGUUAUAAGGCACUUUGUUGUUUGUUUUUUUGCCAAUCCUAACCCUAGAUUUUUUAUUGUAAAUAUCUAUGAAUUCUGAUUUGUAUCCAUUUAUGCGGUCCAAGAAGGUCUUAAAUUAACCCAAAUGGUUCCAGUAAUAAAUGAGGUGCCCCAAAAAGUCCCAAAUGGACCCAUGGAGCUUCAGAUUCUUUGGGUAAAUGUUCAACCUUUUGGAUGAUUGAGUCAAUUUUGGGGAACUUAGGGAUCUUUAGCGGUAAUAUGGUCCUUUUUGGGGUACUUCUGGACCUUUGGGUAUAUUGCUUUAAUUGUGUGAAAAUCUUUUGCCAAAGUUAAUCUCUGACAUGUUAGAGACAUAUAAACCAUUUUGGGGAGUGGUCUCCUGCUGGUGUCAAGAAUCAGGAGCAAACAUGGUGAGGCUGCGUUUCAGUUUCUUAAUCUGGAAUAGUAUUCCUGAAAAUGUGAGACAGGCAAUGUUGGCAACGUUCAAAUCCAGGCUGAAAACAAUUGUUUUUAAUUGUGCAUAUGACAACUGAUAGUAUGUUACCAACACUAUUUGAUUUUACUUUAAUUGAAAAUAUGAUAGUAUGAUGAUUUUAAUUUGUUUGUGAUUUGAAUUAUGGUUACUUUUACUUUUACUUAUUUCAUUUUCAGUUUUGGCUUCUUGUAGUUUUCUGUACAGCACUUUGAAUUGCCUUUUGUAUGAAUUGUGCUCUCUAAAUAAACGUGCCUUGACUUG